GCAGCAAACAACCGUAGUGUAUUCUAGUGUCAAGGGCAUUAACGGAUGAUGAAAAAAAAACGUAGCUAUCUAAUCCGAACGCCGGCGGCCAUGUACUGUACCGACCGACACGCUCCCGACUCCCGUUCCGACAUGCUGGGAUGGGACCGACAUACCUAUUUAUAAGUUCCAGAAAUCUCAGACGAAAUUCCUGUGUUAGUGCAGAGGGGCACGCGCGCGCGCCGUCGCGUCUGCACCACUGUUCCAUCGUUACCGUGAAAAUUAUGACAACUGACAAUCUAGUGUGAGCAGUGAUACAAGUUGAUAAAAGUGGAUCGUGUGAAUAAGGAGACUUUACUGCACACGCACACUCUAAUAUCUCACAAUGCCGAUCGGGAACGUGAGCAGGGAGGCGCCAAAGAGGGACAACUAUAGGCCUCCCUGGGUGAAAGACAAGGAUGCUGACGCUCCCCCGUCAUGGAUGCAGAAGAGGUUAAAGCCAGUAGAUGCGCCUAAGACUGUGGUCAGCGAUGAAGCACCAGCGCCAGCGUCUACAACCGCUGCUAAACCAUUGAAGCCCGUUUUAAAGAAACAGUCUACUAUAAGGGGAAAAGCAGAAAACGGAGUAAAUGACAAGUCAGAACCCGUGGAAGAAAAGCUAGUUAAGCCUUCUGCAGCCAAGCAAGCUGACAAAGCAUCCAGACCGCCUGAUGAAAAGCCAAGAUUCACUAAGUCAUCCCUUAAAUCAGUUGAUAAAUUGAAAGAAGAUAAACCAAAUGACAAAGUACCAGAAAAGCCAACACUUAGAACUGUAAGAACUAUAGAUGACAAAGCCAAAGAAAAAUCUGUAACUAUAGUAGAUAGAAAGACAGCUGACAAAAAUGGUACAACAAAGACAAAUAAUAUUAUCAAUAAUAAAGUUAAUGAAAAAUUGAAUGAUAAAUCAAGUGAUAAGGUGGUCACAAAUAAUAAAGAAAUUAAAACAGCUUCUAAGACAUCGAACAAUUCGAAGGCACCUGAACCUGCCAAGGUGCCCGAAUCUAAAACACCUGCAUCUUCCAAAGCAGCUAUAAAUCCAAAAGCAGAAGAGAAAGCUGAAGAAAAUACAAAAAUGGCUACAAAACCCCCAACCCCGCUUGAAAAGACACCCUCAAAGUUGCCGCCACGAAAGCCAUCUCUACAGAAGCAGUCAUCGAAGGAUGAGCCUGUGAAGAAAUGGAGGGAUCCCCUUCAUGAGCGAGUUAAGGAGAACAUCGAUAAGACACUCGCUAACGAGAUUCCAAAAGGACACACGCUGACAAAAAAUGAAAGCUUGCGAAGCUUACUCAAGCCGACACCACCACCGAUGCCGCCCCCUCUCCCACCAAAGAUGCCUCCCCCGCCGGAGUUCAAAAAGGCGCCUUUAGAUCCUACCAAAUUAAAGAAACUAGAGAAUCUGCGCAGCCGCCCACGGAGGCGACCUGACUGGAGCGACAUGAUGAAGGAGGUAGAACAGGGCAAGAAGUUAAAAAAAGUAGUCUGUAACGAUAGAUCCAGUCCAAUAAUUACUAGAUCGACAGUUGUAAAAAACAAAGAUCAAUUUAUUUUCGAAUCUGAAAAACCUAAUUCUCACAAUGAACUUCUCAAAGAAAUCAACAAAGGCAUUAAAUUGAAAAAAGUAAAAACCAAUGACAGAAGUAAGCCUAUUCUUGAAGGCCUUAGAAAGUUUAGAAGACAAAUGACUAUUGAGGAACAGGUUCAGAAAUCUAUGUCACAAGCCAAUAUCGCGGCGUCGCCUUCAGGAGUUUCCGUGGCUGAGGUUCCUGGAGCCGAAGAAGAGGAAAUUGAUGAGAUGGACGACAUUGAUAAAGUCAGAGAUGAUCUCCAAUCAACAAAGCAACUUUUGGCUAUUGAACUUAGAAAUAAAGAAGCCCAAGAAAGAGAAAACAAACGUUUACUUACAAGGAUAGCUAAUUUGGAAGCUGAGUUAGCUAGAGAGCGAGCCAUAAUCAAACAAGAACAACACAAAACUGUUAUAUCAGUUACAGACGCAUAUGACGAAAGGUUAGUGAAUAACCUCAAAAUGGAGGUAGAAAAAACAAAAGAAAAUGCAGACAGCAUUGAGAAACAAUAUUUGGACGCAGCAGAGGAAAGGGAUGAUGCUUUAACAGAAUUGGAAGAAGUAAAGAGGAAAAAUGCAGAGCUAGAGAAGAAAUUAGAACAAGCUCUAGCUGGAAUCCUGCCUACCAAUAUGGGCUCAAGGAGAUCGAGCCACGCUAUCAGACAAUUAUCAGUUACUAAAGAUGACAGUUUUGAGGAAGAAGAAGAGUCUGAAGAGGAAGGGGAGGAAAGCGAAGAGAAAAAGCAAAAACGAAUGGAAAAGGAGAUUAGGAACAUGAGAAAUAAAAUAAGACACCUCAAGGAAAAACAAGACAACAUGAAGAAAGAGCGAAUGGCAUUCAAGAUGUCUUUAAAGAAUCAGCAAGCAGCACUCAAAGACGAGAAAAGGAAGUACAAGGAGUUGAAACAUGAAGUAGACAAAAUGGCACAGAUGAUGAAAGAAGCUGGUUCAGAUGAGGAUGAAGAAGAUGAGGAAUCUGAGGAGGAAGAAGAGAAGAAGAGCGAGACAGAGGAAGAGGAAUCUGAAACGGAAACAGAGCAAGACACCGAGAGUGAAACUGAAAGUGAAAGUGAACCAGAGGAUGCACCAUUACCGAAGAAGAAAGACAAUCUAUCGAAACGCCUCAAGCGACACGAGACACGAGUCAACGCCUUGAAGAAAGGCAACACUCUCCUGAUGGCCAACGUCGAUCGCCUCAAAGACGAUGUGCUCAAGCAGAGAGAAGAAUCCGUCGCACUACAGAAAGAGCUGGACUCUCUCAUAGACGAUUUGGAGUAAUUAAAAUAUACUUAAGGUUCAUUGAAACAACGCCAACGGGCGGGCCAAACGGCAACGCGACGCGCUGGCGCGAUAUAAAUAAUUGUACUGUAUCAGUUUUUAGGAAAUACGUCAUACAGCCCGACACGCUGGCCGCGCAGAUGUCGUCGUGGCAGCAGCGUCGCGUUGCCGCCCCGCUUCACCCGCUGUCUAGCUAAAGUUAUUAAUUCUAAAUUAAGGCUUAACCGUGUUUAACACCUCAUUCAGUCUUUUUCAAUUGUUUAAAAUCAAAUAGAGAUAGAAUAAGGCUCAAACACGAUUAGCUUUUAAAUUUAAAUUAAGAACUCUGGUGCAAUUAAGCCUUAGCUUUUAAUUAGUUCUAUCAAAUCUCAUUGCGUUAUGAGUAAAUUUACUGCUCUCGUAAAAUUAUGUAAUUUAAACACGUUUUAUUUAUUGUUAUCAUAAAAACGACUGCUUUAUAAAAUGCACAUGAUACGUUCUUUGUCCAAGGAACAUAAAGUUCCUUUUCUUUGAUAAUUAUUUAAAUAUAUCUUAUUUCAUUAUCAACCACUUCAUGCUAUAACUUCAGUUGUCUUAAGCUGUGCUUUAGUUUAUACUUAUUACUAAAAAGGUUGUGGUUUCUUGAACUUCAAAACAAUAAGUUUCUUUUGUUCGGUUAUUAUAUUCAGAUAUCUCUGAUAUGAAAUUAUAAUUGACAAAAACAACUGCAUUUUUAUUAUAGGUAUCGAUUCUUGUCAUCUAUGUACCCUAAAAUUUCUAAAAUUACUUAAAAAUUAGUAAAUAGGUACUCAGAUACCUAAUCAUUUUUAAAAAUAACAUACUUUUUAAUCAUGUGAUUUGUACAUAAUAAUAAUUUAAGUUUGACUAUAAAUAUACACUUAAUUUUAAUUAUGCUAUUAAUAUUCAGCACAAUAAACUUACACUGAAAU